AUGCUCCUGGUCAUGCUACUCCUCCUCUCUGAGCCCUCCUGCGGUUCCAGCCCGGUGCAUGAGUGCUGCAGACACCCGUCCCCGUCCUGCCGCCUCAUCCUGCUGCUGUGCGGACCUGCGGGGCUCCGGUCUGCGGGCGGAGACGCUGCGGCCGGGAUCCUCACUCUGGGGAAGCGCUCAGAGGAAGAGUUCAGCCUUCAGAGCCGCCUCAACCACCUGUUGCAUGGACAGGGGAACCAGGCCGCGGGGAUCCUGACCAUGGGCAAGAGGACGGUGCUGCGGGACUGGGUGGGACGGGCCGACAUCUCCACCACGUUACCAGUCUGA